AUGGCUCCCCUCAAGAGAAAGGGCAAUGGCCCCGAAGAGCCAGACUCUCGACAGCCACAGAAGAGAGUCAAGGUCACAGAUGGUGGGCAGCGCAAGGGUGCCAAGGGAGGGAAAAAGUCUCAGGCGGAGAAUUCAAGAGAUUCUUCGGAUCUACCUUCCAAGGCUCCAGCAGUUUCAGUUUUGCGAGAGGAGGAACCUAUGUUCCCUCGUGGUGGGGGGAACAUUUUAACCCCUCUUGAGCAAAAACAAAUCCAGAUUCAGGCAACUCGCGAUGUUCUUUUCGAGCAGAACGGAGCCGCUGGACAACAAGAUGAUAAUAUGGAUGAAGCGGACAGAGGGCACAAGAAAUCUGGUAAAUCAUCUGGGGUUAAGGUCAAGAAAGUGAAGUCCAAGGCCAAGAAACAAGCAGCUUCUGAAGAUCCCACAAAGCAAGCUGUGCGCAUCGAAGGACUCAACUUCAAGCGCAUUGUUAUAGGCUCCAAGGUCCUUGGCCAAGUCUCUAGCAUCAAUGCCCAUGACAUUGGCCUGUCGCUGCCAAAUAAUUUAACUGGCUACGUUCCGCUCACUUCAAUCUCAAGAACAUUCCAGCAGAAAAUCGAGAAGCUCCUAAACAGCAACGAAGAUGAGAAUGAAGGAUCUGACGACGGUGACAGUGACGAUGAGGAGGAUUUGGACUUGAAAUCGUAUUUUGAGCUUGGCCAGUACCUUCGAGCGUCCGUUACCGCAACGGAGAGCGAGACGAAAAAUCCUCAAACCAAGGGGAAAAAACACAUCCAACUUUCAGUGGAUCCUCGAGAUGCCAAUUCUGGACUUUCUAAAUCUGAUAUGGUUGUCAAUACCACUGUGCAGGCGUCUGUGGUGAGUGUGGAGGAUCAUGGUCUGGUGAUGGACCUGGGCUUGGAUGACGGCCAAACGAAAGGGUUCAUGUCUUCAAAGGAAAUCCCCCCGGAUCUUGAGGUUUCUCAGAUAAAGGAAGGCUCUGUUUUUCUCUGUGUGGUUACCGGACACAAUGCGAAUGGCAGCGUCGUGAAGCUAUCUGCAAAUCUCCCAGCUGCUGGCUCCAUCAAAAAAUCACACUAUUUAACUUCCGCACCAACUAUUAAUUCUUUCCUUCCCGGAACCGCCGCAGAGAUCCUUUUAAAUGAAGUAACGUCGACGGGUAUGGCAGGCAAGAUCAUGGGAAUGCUAGACGCAGUCGUUGACCUAGUUCAGUCCGGUUCGACUACUGGAACAGAAAAUCUCACCACCAAGUAUCAUGUUGGUGCAAAGAUUAAAGGGCGACUCAUCUGCACAUUUCCCACUGUCGAACCUUCGAAACUCGGGUUUUCCAUUCUCGAGCACGUGGUCAAGUUUUCUCCAACCGUUCUUGAGCAAUAUUCCACCUCUGAGGAUAUCCCGGCCGUAUCCGCCAUCGUACCUGAAGCAAAAGUCACUAAAGUUGAACCCGGCUUGGGUGUCUACGUCCAAUUUAACAACAAGCACUAUGGCUUUGUCCAUAUUUCCAGACUCUCGGAUGACAAGGUCGACAGCAUAUCUGCGACCCAAGGGCCCUACAAAGUUGACUCUACGCACGAGGCAAGAAUAGUUGGUUUCAGUGCCUUGGACAAUCUAUACCUUCUAUCCUUCGAAAGGAAAGUAAUUGACCAGCCUUUCCUACGUCUUGAAGAUGUGACAGUCGGCGCCGUUGUCAAAGGAAAGAUUGAGAAACUGUUAACUGGGCCUGAUGGUAUUGAUGGUCUUAUUGUUUCUCUUGCAGAUGGUAUUUCUGGUUUGGUUCCCAGAAUGCACCUGUCGGAUACUAAAUUACAGCACCCAGAAAGGAAAUUUCGCGAGGGAACACAGGUUUCCGCUAGGAUCCUUUCCGUCAACCUGGAGAAACGCCAGCUGCGACUUACUUUGAAAAAGUCAUUGCUGAACAGCGAAUCUCCAGCUUGGAAAGAGUAUAGUGAUAUUCUUCCAGGGAAUCAAUCACCGGGAACAAUUAUCAGCAUCCACCCUCACGGGGCAAUUGUUCAGUUUUAUGGGGAAGUCCGCGAGGUGAGAAAGUUGGUAGUCUCCUGCAAGGACCCGUCGACAUCCACAGAAACUUACAAAAAUGCGUUUGAGAAUAUCCAACCUGGAGAUCUUGUUUCUUGCACCGUCUUUGAAAAAUCCAAGGAAGUUAUACUCCUGAGACUGGAAGGUUCUGGGUUGGUCGCAAGGUUAAAUGCAGAACAUGUCACCGAUGGGCAAUCUUCUAAACAUGGGAGUGCCCUUGCUUGCAUCAGGGUCGGUCAGAAACUCCACGACCUCGUAAUUCUCAGUAUGCAGAAGGUUCACAGGCUUAUCAAGGUUUCUAAUAAGCCUAGCCUCAAGCAAGCCCGUCAACGAGGUGAAUUACCUGCCAAAUUUGAAGAUUUUCAGGAAGGAUCGAAGGUGACCGGCUUUGUAAAGAACAUUAUCGCAGAUGGCUUGUUUGUGGAAUUCCUGAGAGGGCUCACUGGAUUUCUUCCAAAGCGGCUCAUGGACGAUGACCAUGUCGCAAAACCCGACUUCGGAUAUACCCUAUCUCAAACAAUCUCCUCAUUUGUACAUUCUAUCGAAGACGACCGCCAAAGAUUCACUUUAUCGAUGAAGGAAAACCAAACUAGCAAGCAGCGUGUGUCUGAUAAUGCACGGCCCGCCAGCAAUGCCAAUCAGGCAUCCAUCAACCCUGUUGAUGGGGAUAUCAAAUCUUUUGACGACCUGACUUUUGGCAGAAUUACCAAGGCCAAGAUCGUUUCUGUUAAAGAAACUCAGAUAAAUGUGCAGCUCGCCGACAAUAUUCAAGGCCGUAUCGAUGUAUCAGAAAUAUUUGAUGGAUGGGACGCUAUCAAAGACCGUAAACAGCCAUUGCGAUAUUUUAAGCCCAAACAGAUAAUUCCUGUUCGAAUCAUUGGCAUCCACGAUGCUCGCAGUCACAAAUUUUUGCCAAUCAGCCAUCGCAGUGGGAAAUACCCUGUUUUCGAGCUUUCAGCAAAACCCAGCUCCCUAGAAUCGAAAGACAUUGAACUUCUAAGCCUUGAUAAAGUCGAAAUUGGAUCGUCAUGGCUAGGGUUCGUCAAUAAUAUCGGUGACGAUUGUCUAUGGAUAAAUAUCACCCCAAACGUGCGUGGAAGGCUUCGAAUCACCGACGUUUCAGACGACUUGUCACUUGUGGGGGAUGUAACGAAAAAUUUUCCUGUUGGGUCCGCAAUUAAGGUCCAUGUUACAGGCGUUAACGUGGAUAAGAAUCGGCUUGACCUCUCUGCAAAACAUGGAGACCCUCUCAACAAGAGGACAAUAUCGGAUUUUUCAAAGGGGGAAAUUUUACUUGGUCGAGUUACUAAAGUCAGUGACCGCCAGGUCCUUGUGCAGCUAAGCGACACGACAGUUGGUGCUAUCAAUUUGAUAGACAUGGCCGAUGACUAUACGAAAGUGAUUCCGGCGAAUUUUCACAAAAACGAGGUUCUUCGUGUUUGUAUUUUGGACGUUGACGUCCCUAACAAGAAGAUAUUGCUUUCUGUUCGACCUUCCAGGGUCCUUAGCUCAUCGUUACCAAUUGAAGAUCCUGAGAUAAAAUCGAUUAGCCAACUUAAGGUUAAUGACAUUGUUCGUGGAUUUGUCCGCAGAGUUGCAAAUAAUGGUCUUUUUGUUACUCUAGGUCACGAAGUUACAGCCUAUGUCCGAAUAUCGGAUCUUUCAGAUUCUUAUCUAAAAGACUGGCAGUCUGAGUUCCAAGUCGACCAACUCGUUCAUGGAAGAAUAAUUUUUGUGGACGCUGAAGCCAAUAAACUCCAGAUGAGUUUGAAGGAGUCGGUUCUUGAACCGAACUAUAAGGCGCCCAUCACGAUCAGGGACUUAAAUCGCGGACAGAUUGUAACCGGAAAAGUCCGCAGUGUCGAAGAAUUUGGAGCUUUCAUUGUGAUCGAUGGAACCGCUAAUCUUAGUGGACUUUGCCAUCGCACGGAGAUGGCGGAGCAAAAAGUGGAAGAUGCUCGAAAGCUCUUUGAGAAGGGUGACAUAGUCAAGGCCAAAAUUCUCAAGAUCGACCACGACAAGGAGCGAAUAUCUUUGGGGCUGAAAGCCUCUUAUUUCAAAGAAAGCGAUGACAAAUCGGAUGGUGAAAACAGCGAAGAUGGGAAUGAACAAAGCGUUAGUGAAAGCGAGGAUGGUGGUGAGCUUGAGCUUGAAUUUGAAUCCGAUGAUGACGUUUCAAUGGGUGGAGUCGACUUGGGUGGUGGUGACGGCAGCGAGAGUAAUGUCAGCGACGAGGAUGUGCAGAUGGCAGGGACCGAAGAUACGGGUGUAACUGGAGGCUUGGUAACAUCUGGGUUUGACUGGAAUGGGAGUGGAACUACCGGCGCUGAUGAGGCCAAUGAUUCUGGUUCCAGCUCCGAUGGCCAAGCGGUUCUGAAGAAGAAGAAACGCCGGAAACCUGAGAUCCAGGUUGAUAGAACUGGUGAUCUUGACGCUCACGGUCCGCAAUCUAUAGCCGACUACGAGCGUUUAUUGCUAGGCGAACCAGAUUCGAGUUUGCUCUGGCUGAAAUACAUGGCCUUCCAACUUGAACUCAGUGAGGUGGAUAAGGCUCGCGAGAUUGCGGAACGAGCUCUUCGAUCAAUAAGGAUCGGCCAAGAUGCUGAAAAAUUCAAUAUCUGGAUCGCAAUGCUCAACCUAGAGAAUAUCUUUGGAAAUGACGACUCUCUUGAGGAUGUUUUCAAGCGCGCUUGUCAGUACAAUGACCCUCAAGAGAUCCAUGAGCGGAUGACUAGUAUAUACAUCCAGUCCGGGAAGAAUGAGAAAGCCGACGAGCUCUUCCAAACAACCCUCAAGAAAAAAUUCACCCAAUCGCCAAAUAUCUACAUCAACUAUGCCACCUUCCUCUUCGACACACUUGCUGACCCCCAACGAGGACGCGCACUUCUCCCGCGUGCUAUCCAAUCACUCCCAGCCCACACCCACGUCGACAUCACAUCCAAAUUCGGCCAGCUGGAAUUCCGAUCUCCAAAUGGAGACAUUGAACGUGGCCGAACGGUAUUCGAAGCUCUUCUCUCCUCGUUUCCCAAGCGCGUUGAUCUUUGGAAUGUGCUGCUUGAUCUGGAGAUUAAGAAUGGUGACGCGGAGCAGGUUAGAAGGCUGUUCGAAAGAGUUUUGGGCCUGGGCCAUGGCAUUGCUGCGGAUGGGACCAAAACUGGGCCCAAGAGGUUGAAGGAUAAACAAGCCAAAUUCUUUUUUAAGAAGUGGCUGGCGUUUGAGGAGAAGGUUGGUGGCGGGAAUGAGAAAAUGGUGGAUGAGGUUAAGGCGCGGGCUGCAGCCUAUGUGAAGGAUAUUAAGGGGGGGUAG